AUGUCUCACAUAGACAACCGCUCAAUUCAAAACAUGUCUCACAUAGGCAACCACUCGACUCAAAACUUGUCUCACAUAGGCAACCACUCAACUCAAAACUUGUCUCACAUAGGCAACCACUCGACUCAAAACUUGUCUCACAUAGACAACCGCUCAAUUCAAAACAUGUCUCACAUAGACAACCGCUCAAUUCAAAACUUGUCUCACAUAGACAACCGCUCAAUUCAAAACAUGUCUCACAUAGACAACCGCUCAAUUCAAAACAUGUCUCACAUAGGCAACCACUCGACUCAAAACUUGUCUCACAUAGGCAACCACUCAACUCAAAACUUGUCUCACAUAGGCGACCACUCAACUCAAAACUUGUCUCACAUAGACAACCGCUCAAUUCAAAACAUGUCUCACAUAGACAACCACUCAACUCAAAACUUGUCUCACAUAGACAACCGCUCAACUCAAAACUUGUCUCACAUAGGCAACAACUCAACUCAAAACUUGUCACACAUAGGCCACCGCUCAAUUCAAAACAUGUCUCACAUAGACAACCACUCAACCCAAAACAUUUCUCACAUAGGCAACCACUCAACUCAAAACUUGUCUCACAUAGGCAACCACUCAACUCAAAACUUGUCUCACAUAGGCAACCACUCAACUCAAAACUUGUCACACAUAGGCAACCACUCAACUCAAAACUUGUCACACAUAGGCAACCACUCAACUCAAAACUUGUCACACAUAGGCCACCGCUCGACUCAAAACUUGUCUCACAUAGACAACCGCUCAACUCAAAACUUGUCUCACAUAGACAACCGCUCAACUCAAAACUUGUCUCACAUAGGCAACCACUCAACUCAAAACUUGUCUCACAUAGGCCACCGCUCGACUCAAAACUUGUCACACAUAUGCCACCACUCAACUCAAAACUUGUCUCACAUAGACAACCGCUCAACUCAAAACUUGUUUUAA